GGGUCUGCGCGGCGGCCGGGGAUCAUGUCUGCGCCGCCGGCUCUCCAGAUCCGGGAGGCGAACGCGCACCUGGCGGCCGUGCACCGGCGCGUGGCGGAGCUGGAGGCCCGGCUGCUGGCGGCAGAGCGCACCGUGCGCGCGCAGGCCGAGCGCCUGGCCCUCCACGACCAGCAGCUGCGCGCCGCUCUGGACGAGCUGGGCCGCGCCAAGGACCGGGAGAUUUCCACCCUGCAAAAGCAGCUCGUGAGCUCCGAGGCCGUCGUCCGCAGCCUGCAGGCGGAAGUGACCCAGAAGGAGCGGGUGAUCCAGCAGCUGCAGCCCCGGGCCGACCUGCUGCGGGACCUCACUCGCCAGCGACCACCCCUGGCCGAGCUGCUGGCUGCCCUGGAGGAGGCUGAGCGACUGGGCCCCUUGCUGGCCGGCAACCAGGGACAGCUACUUCCCGAUGGGCCAGGUCCACCCCUGGGCAACAGCAUAGAGGAGGGCCAGGACCAUCUGCAGCCUGCCGUGUUUGGGACCACGGUGUGAGCUGGCCUGGUGUUUUAGACCUCAGAAUCUGUGGCCAAGGUCCAGAGCCCUGGAUGUCACCAGUGUCCCGAAGGGGACCCUGGACAUUACUGACAUCCUAGCUAAACAUCAAAACAAGUGAAAGGCUAAGGUGUCAUCUAAAACGGUUUUCCCCCCAGUGUCUGGGGUAUCUGCUACAUUCAGUUAAUUUUAAAUAAUUUCAAAAAUAAACAAAGGCUGGGCAGUGGCUCCGUGGGCUGGAGCCCCCACCUAGCAUGCACAGGCGUGGUGGCAGACGGACACCCGCCAUCCCAGCACUAGUGAAGUAAUAGGAGUCUGACCCGUCAUCUCCCACUUAGCUCAGGCUGGCCUCUCACUUGCUGCCUGGGGCAGGUGACCUUGGGCUCUGCUGGGAUGACAGGCACCCACCUCCAGGCCCUAUCUUUGGGUUUUCUGUUUUUAUUUUUGCUGUGAGGUGGGGUCUCCCUCCAUAACCCAGGCUUUCCUGGAACCCACAGUCCUCCCAAGUGCUUCAAAUACAGGUGUGAGCCGUGCCCUGCUGUUGGGAGCCCCUCUCCUCUUAUGCCUCCUGAGCUGUCACCCCUCACGUGGUAGAGGAACCUCUUUAUUUCUCCUUCCGUUGCUUCUGUGUAAGAAGACAAAUCAUUAACCCCGGGUUGAUUUCCUUAUCCAUCCUCCCUCUGGGGAGAGCAGGCAGGCUGAGACACCUCAGCCUUUGCUCCAGGGUCUCCGCAUUGCCUGUGACCUGUGCCUCAGUGCUCUCCCUACAACACUCAGGUCUCUCUCAAAUGCCUCCUCCCAGAGGGGCCUCCUGACCAGCCUCCUGUAGUAACUCCUACAACCAGGCUGCUGCCUUCUACUGUAUUUUAUUGUUUUUUUGAGGCUUAAUCUUGUGUAGCCCAGGCUGGCCUCAAACUUUUAUGUAUCACGGGCUGGCUUAGAACUUCUGAUCCUUCUGCCUUCUGUCCACUUAAGUGCCUGCUGCAGCUGGCUAGGCCCCGCACAGCCAGGAGCCUCCCCCACAUGAUGAACCCUUGCCCUGUUCUGGGGACAGUGGUGUUUUUGUAGCAAGUGUCCCUUUUGAUACCCUAAGAGAAUCUAUUUUUUAACUCCUAGUUUCAAUGCUGUCCCCAGCCUACGACGGUGAGGGUAUGUUGCCUCACACACCCCUGUAACCAGCCGCUGGUCUGUUGAGUUUCAUGGUCCCUGUGCUCAGGGAAUUGUCCUUGAGCAGUCACCAAGCAGGAAGGUAGGAGCUGCUCCAACCAGAAGGGCCUCCAGCUGGCCAGGCCCUGGACGGUGCUGACUUCCUGUCUGGGACCCUCAGCAGAGGAGACAGGGGAGAAGGGAGUUGUUUAUACAGAGGAGGCAGGCUAGGACCUGUCCUGUCUGCACCAGAAUAAACCAGUUAUUUCUCA